ACAUGGAAGGAGUUUGUCUCAAAUUACUUGUCUAAAGCUAUAGUAGAAAAACUUGAAGUCGUCAACAAGAAAUGGGUGCGGAUCAAGCUUGUUCCUGGUACGCAGAUCGAUGGGUCGAAUACUAUUUGGUUCAACAUUGGCAGUGUCGAAGCAUUUGAGCGGAACCUGGAAAAUGCACAACUCGAGAUGAACAUGGAGCCAUCUAACUUCGUGAACGUCGUGUACAAAACAGAAACAGAGAUUGGAUCUUUGGUGUUGUCGUCUCUUAACUUCAUUCUGCCUCUGGCUCUGUUGUUCUGGCUGAUUCGGCGAUCAUCAAGCAUGCUACAGGGCGGUCGCCCAGGAACCAGAGGAGGUGCUGGUGGAAUAUUCGGCUUUGGUCAAACAACGGCCAAGAUUAUCAAAGAAGAUAUUGGUGUUAAAUUCAGAGAUGUGGCUGGAUGUGAGGAAGCGAAGAUUGAAAUCAUGGAGUUUGUCAACUUCCUGAAGAACCCUCAGCAGUACAUUGACCUUGGGGCAAAGAUCCCUAAGGGAGCCAUCCUCACUGGUCCCCCGGGGACUGGCAAGACCAUGCUGGCCAAGGCCACAGCCGGAGAGGCCAACGUUCCUUUCAUCACAGUGUCAGGAUCAGAGUUUCUCGAGAUGUUUGUCGGCGUCGGCCCAUCUAGGGUGAGAGACAUGUUUUCCAUGGCGAGGAAGAAUGCUCCGUGCAUCCUGUUUAUUGAUGAGAUUGACGCGGUGGGGCGAAAGCGCGGAGGUCGGAGUUUUGGAGGACAGAGUGAACAGGAGAACACACUCAACCAGCUUCUCGUCGAGAUGGAUGGAUUUAACACCCAGAGUGGUGUUGUGGUGCUGGCAGCCACCAACCGGGUUGACAUCCUUGAUAAUGCACUGCUCAGACCCGGUCGCUUUGACAGACAGAUCUUCGUGGCGUCUCCUGACAUCAAGGGCAGAGCAUCAAUCUUCAAGGUUCACUUGAAGCCAUUAAAGACGGAGGUGAACAAGGCAGAACUUGCCAAGAAGAUGGCCGCUCUGACGCCUGGCUUCUCUGGUGCUGACAUUGCCAACGUAUGUAAUGAAGCUGCAUUGAUAGCUGCCCGUGAUCUGAACAAAACAAUCGAGCACAAGCAUUUCGAGCAGGCCAUCGAGAGAGUGGUCGCCGGUAUGGAGAAGAAAACUCAAGUACUGCAGCCAGAGGAGAAGAAAACUGUGGCGUACCACGAGGCAGGCCACGCAGUCACCGGGUGGUUCCUCGAACACGCAGACCCACUCCUCAAAGUGUCCAUCAUCCCCAGAGGAAAGGGACUCGGCUACGCACAGUAUCUCCCCAAGGAACAGUAUCUAUACUCCACUGAACAGCUACAAGACCGAAUGUGCAUGAUGCUGGGAGGUCGCGUCUCAGAACAUAUCUUCUUCAAUCGCAUCACCACAGGAGCACAAGAUGACCUUGCAAAGGUCACACAAAGUGCCUAUGCACAAGUUGUACACUAUGGUAUGAAUGAGCGUGUAGGCCAGCUGUCGUUCGAGAUGCCGAGGCCUGGCGAGAUGGUGUUUGACAAGCCGUACAGCGAAACCACAGCCAUGAUGAUCGACGAGGAGGUUCGCAAGAUUGUGAAGGUCGCCUUCGAAAAGACAAUGCAGCUGUUGACCAAACACAAGGAAGACGUGGAGAAGGUGGCGCAGAGAUUGCUGGAGAUGGAGAAGUUGGACAAGGAUGACAUGGUGAUGCUGCUAGGCAAGAGACCGUUCGCCGAGAAGUCCACCUACGAAGAGUUCGUCGAGGGCACAGGAUCGUUUGAGGAAGACACAACCCUCCCGAAAGGCCUGGAGAGUUGGAACAAGGAGCGGGAUGAGGAAGCAGCCGACAAGGAAAACGGUAUCGAGAAGGAAAAACUGGGCGGAAAAGUCAGCUUUACAGAAUAACACAAAUUACUAAAUUAUAAACGUAACUUUAACACAAGACACAACUAGUGACAAUAUCAUGUAUCCAGUUGGUGUUUUUUUUUACAGUCAGUAAUGUUUCAGAUGUCUUUGCCGUGCUGAUACUCACUACGUUUCAUUCAUAGGAAACACAAACAAUUGUUCUUAAUGGCAUGGCCAGUGUUCACCACCCAUGUCUUGGGCGACUGUAUCAACAGUUGUGCCAGCAACAGAAACUGGUAAGAAUCUAAGCGUAUACACACUUUAUAAGAUGGAUGUGAAUGUGAUGCAUAUUGUGCUUUCUUCUAUUUAAUAACAGUGUACAGUGGACAAUUGUUGGUUGUUUUUUCAUUGGAACUGUUCCAAAUCUAUCGUGGACAACUAGAACCGGUUACAUACACUCUGCGAAAAUGAGGAUACUUCACUAAUUUGCAUUUUAUUAAAAAAAUUAAUAUACUUGGGGUCGUGGGUGGGGGUAUACAUGUAAUAGGAAUGAUCCAAAGCUAUAUAAUUUGAAUAAAUAAAUAAAAUUGCUUGGGCAAUGGACCAACUGGUCGAAUAGGAA